AUGUCUAAGGAAAGUGAUAUCUAUAACUUAGGAGGAAUUCCUUCAACAAGUGGAUCUAGCCCUAGCAAUUGGGACUGCAGCAGUGUUGAUAAUUUAAAUGCAAAUAAUGAAACUAGACCUGUGGAAUAUGUCCCUAAUUUAGUAUUAACUCAUCCUAUAAUAUCCCUGAAUAGUGUCGCAACAAACUUUUACAAUAUAAAUUUUUAUCAUACCAGCAAUUAUUGUUAUAUGGGAGAAUAUUUUCAACAAAGUUCAAACAGACAUUAUUGCCGAACUGAUAAGGAACACGAGAUCAAAAAUCUAGAACAAAGAAAUGGUUUUACUUCAAAAAAGCAAAGCAGUUGCUGGCUUUUAUUGCUUGCUAUAUAUUUUCUUUUGUGCAUCUCACUCUCAGAUGCUAAGGAAAACAAUUGCGAAGAAGAAAAUAACGAUCAAAGAUUAUUAUCUUUAAGAAAAUGGGAGAACGUGAAAAAUGAAAAUCAAAGUAAUAGACCAGGAUUUAUUUUCACAGUGAUGUGCUACAAUGUUUUGUCUCAAGAUUUACUAUCGCAACAUCCUUAUUUAUAUAACAAUCACAACAAUGUCUCUUUACAGUGGAAUGUGAGGUGGACUAAUAUCUUUAAUGAAAUUACAAAAUUUAAACCAGAUGUGCUGUGUUUACAAGAAGUGCAAGAAUCGCACAAUAAAAAUUAUUUUUCAAUUUUGGAAACUAUAGGGUAUUCCAGUAUAUAUAAGAGAAGAACGGGUGAAAAAACUGAUGGAUGUGCCAUAUAUUAUAAGACGGACCUUAUACAGUUGGUGGAACAUACCUCAGUAGAAUAUUUUCAGCCAGACAUAUCAGUUUUAAAUAGAGACAACAUCGGUCUCAUCGCGAAAUUUUCACCCAAGCUACACCCAACCAGAGAAUUUGUGAUUGCAACUACUCAUCUUUUGUAUAAUCCUCGAAGACAAGAUGUAAGGCUAGCACAAGUCCAGCUGCUUCUUACUGAAAUAGAACGAAUAAGUUACAACGCACAAUCAGAGGGUAACUACCUACCAGUAAUUUUAGCGGGCGAUUUAAAUUCAACACCGGAUUCUGCAGUUUAUGAAUUUAUAACGAAAGGCAAAUUGAGAUAUGAAGAUUUGUCUCCAAGGGCAUUAAAGAAGGGUACCAGUUCAUUCACAGGCAAAUUGUUAGUGCCUGCAAAGUUAAGAAUAACAGAUAAUUGCCAACAUGCCGAUCUGCUUGAAAGGAGGAUGAAAAAUGAAAAAUUAUCGAGAACUAAAGAAUUAUCUGUAAUCGAAUUAUUUCAUAGCGAUAAAAGUAAUGAAACGCAAAGUAACAAAAAAGACGUAAACACAGCAUUACACUCUACUGGAACAUUGACUCAUAAUUUUUCUUUCAAAUCUGUUUAUAGUCAAGGGCGUCCUGAAAUAAAUGAGGGUACUACGUUUCAGGGAGAAUGGGUGACGGUGGAUUAUAUAUUUUAUAGUACAAAAAACUAUGAUGUAAGUAUUGAAGGUAAAUUCAAGUUAUUAUCAAGGUACAGGCUUCCAACGAAAGAAGAGUUACUAGGAAUAAACAUUCCGAACAGUGUGGUAGGAUCAGACCAUUUGUCGCUUAUGGCAAAGUUUAAAUUAGAAUAUUAAUCCUUGUUGUUUUUGUUUAAUUAUUGUUUAUGUUAACAUUGAGAGUAUUUUGAUAAAAACGUUUAAUAAAACCAUUUUAUU